CGGCUCCGAACCGAGAACCGGCUCCUGAAACAGCGGAUUGAGACCCUCGAGAAGGAGAGCGCGGCUCUCGCCGACCGCCUCAUCCAGGGCCAGGUGACGCGGGCGCAGGAGGCGGAGGAGAAUUACAUCAUCAAGCGGGAGCUGGCCGUGGUGCGGCAGCGCUGCAGCAGCGCCACCGAGAACCUGCAGAGAGCACAGAGCACCAUCCGCGAGCUGCAGGGGAACCCCCGGGUCAGUGAGGAGCUCUUGACCCCCCUGCAGACAAUGGGGGUGACAAUGG